GCCACUGAGGGUUAACGAAGCACACAGAAGAAAAAUUGGCCAGGUGAUUUGUGUGACACAUGUCUUCUUUCAAGGAAUCUGCACAAUUUAAGACAAUGGAAGUGCUUCCAGAACUCUACGAUAUUUUUCAAGGAGAGGUUGCCUCCGUGACAGAGUAUGGAGCAUUUAUAAAAAUUCCAGGAAGCAGGAAACAAGGCCUUGUACAUAAAAGUCAUAUGUCAAAUUGCCGGAUAGAUAAACCCUCAGAGAUGGUGGAUGUUGGAGAAAAAGUAUGGGUGAAACUGAUAGGAAAAGAGAAGACCGAUGACAAACUGAAACUGUCUCUCUCCAUGAAAGUUGUCAACCAAGGAACCGGAAAGGACCUGGAUCCCAAUAACGUUGCCCUUGAUCAAGAUGCGCGGAAAAAAAGCUCAUUCAAAGACUACAGCAGCCAGAAGAUCACUCUUGAAGCUGUUUUGAACACAGUCUGCAAAAAGUGUGGCUGUCCAGGUCAUUUAGCGAAGGAGUGCUUCAUGCAGCCAGGAGGCAUCAAGUACACUCUUAUUCCAGAGGAGGAAGAAGAAACCCCUGCAGAGGAAGAGAAGGAAAGACAUCAGUCUGAGAAUUCCAUAAAGAAGAGAAAAAAGAAGAAGAAGAAGAAGAAGCACAAGAGCAAAGCCCCCUCUGAAUCGGAUAAUUCCGACAGCUGUCACUCAGACGCAGGUGGUGAUCAGCCGGCCAGGAAGAAGGCAAAGCAUCCUGAAAAGGCGAGCACGUCUCAGAAGAGGAAGAAAAAGAAGCACCAUAAGAAAAAGCACAAAGAAUGAGGAGCAGAUGCUAAGCAACGGGCCCUGCUGAUAUAACAUGUCUCCCACCCCC